AGGAGCGACAACUUUGUGGGCAAGUCUCCGGGGCAAAGUUUUCCAUCUUUUUUUAAUCUAUUUAACCGGCAAACUUUACCGGUAAUAUUAACAACACCCGAGGAGGAUUUAGAGAAAAAGUAUUUGACCGUCAAAACGGAACUUGAACGUCGGUGUUGGUGUGUGUGACCGAGGUGUGUGCUCUACACCGGGGCUGGAGCUGGAGAUGGGGGAUCCGGAGCCUCCAGAGUUUGGCUCCGUGGAGGAAGAGCUGCAGUACUGGAAGGAACAGGCUGCCAAACACCAACAGAGUGCGGAGGAGGCCCAGGAGGAGCUGCAGGAGUUUCAGCAGAUGAGUCGGGACUAUGAGGUGGAGCUGGAGACGGAGCUGAAACAGUGUGAGGCACGAAACCGCGAGCUUCUCGCCACCAACAACCGCCUCCGCAUGGAGCUGGAAAACUACAAGGAGAAGUACGAGACGCAGCACACUGAGGCCUACAGGCAGAUCUCCACCCUGGAGGGAGACCUGGCCGAGACCACGGCCGUCAGAGACCAGCUUCACAAGUACAUCCGAGAGCUGGAGCAGGCCAACGAUGACCUGGAGAGGACCAAGAGGGCGACCAUCAUGUCACUGGAGGACUUUGAGCAGAGGAUGAACCACGUCAUCGAGAGGAACGCCUUCCUGGAGAGCGAGUUGGACGAGAAGGAGAAUCUCUUAGAGUCCGUCCAGAGACUGAAGGACGAGGCCCGAGACUUGAGACAGGAGCUGGCGGUGCAGCAGAAGCAGCAGGUACAAGACAGGAAGCCGUCCAUCAGCAGCACAGCCAAAGAGCCUUCCUCCUCCUCCUCUGCGGUGGGAUUGCCCACUCCGCCCCUCACCCCUCCAGACAAAAGAACAGAAGAAAAUAAAACCACGUCUUCGUCCCCUAACCCGCCCGUCCCCUCCGCCGCCACCACCACCGCCGCUCCCUCCAGACCUCCAUCCACAGCUGAUUCCCUCACCACACCGACGCCCUCCCUCAGCAGAGGUGAAAGCCUCUCAGCGACUCCUCUCACCAUGUCGGCGAGGAUCUCGGCCCUGAACAUCGUCGGAGAGCUGCUGAGGAAAGUCGGGAAUCUGGAGUCCAAGCUGGCGUCAUGUCGGGAUUACGUCAACGAGCAGACGGCUAACCGCAGAGGCCACGCCGGUGGACAGGCGGCGGCAGCAGCAGGCCAGAACAACUCCUCAGACACUCAUCCAACCAAUGGCCUCUACAACAAGGGGCUGGUGAAGAGGUUAGACUUCGGAGCGGGACCCAAGCUGCUGCUGUGAAAGUGAAAUCUUCCACCUCGAUCCUUCACCCCCUUCCUCUGAGCUGCUCGGUCCGUCCAGUCGGGAUCUCUCAUGUCGACAUGUAACGGUACUUUGAGUCACACAUCAUACAGGUGAUUUCAGACUCUCUGCCUCUUCAAGGACACCAGCCGUCAUGGAUGAUAUCGUACUGUGGAUACUAUUGGGGAUGUCUGUCAAGAGUUUUUGUUUUAAUAUUAAUUAACUGGACUUCUUCCAGCACUCGCACUUAGCUUGAACUAACUACUGGCCUCGAGCUGCAUGUCUCGUCAUGAAAGCAGCCAAACACCUCGACUGAAAAUGAUCUAUCAAUCAAGAAAACACACUUUCAAACGCUCCACUGCAAGCCUUAAC